UCGGUUGGCGGCAGUUACAGCUGCGGCGACAGGUGUCUCUGCUGCCAUUUACUAUGAAGGAGGGAGAGGAAGGUUUGGUGAGGGGGGCCACCGAGGAAGGAGCCAGCAUGGACACCCAGAACGAACUUCCUCUUUUGACUGACGAGAAAUUUGACUUUGAUCUCUCGCUGUCUUCAUCCAGUGCCAACGAGGAUGACGAAGUCUUCUUUGGCCCUGUUGGGCACCGAGAACGAUGUGUGGCCGCCAACCUGGAGCUACAGGGCCUCAUCUCCAAGGAGGCUGAGUGCCCGCUCACAUUGAGCCCCCUGGCAGGGGAGAAGUAUGUGGAGAUUUUCAAGGAGGCGCGUUUGCUGGCCCUACAGAUAGAGAGCAGUGGCAAAAAGCCAGCGCCUGGAGCACGCUCCCCUGAGCCAGCACCAGACCCAGAGGAAGAGUUUGUGCAGGAGGCCAGGCUAAAACUGGCCAUCUUUGAGCAAGGACACGAGACCCACCGAAGCCCCUUGGCUCUCAAAAGGGAGACCUACUGUGUCCUGACCCCGGGGGUGGCAGCCGUGCCGGCAUCACUCACCUUUGCCGACUCACCAGAGGCCCCGGAGCCUGCUGCUUCCGGGUCCCAUCUUCUGAACCAAGGGGUGCCUGAGAGGAAAGCCCUGAGCCGACUGCAGCUCCCCAAGGCCUCAUCCACACCUGGAAAGGGAACUCCUGCCAAGCCUCAGCUGGGGAAACAAACCCAUCCUUUGAGGCUCCCCCUCAGGACUGAACCCUCAAACCAGUCCAGCAGCACUUCCAAGGUGAAUGAGUCCUCAGGUGGUGGUGAUGGCGGUGGUGGCAGCACCACCACAAGAGGCCCCCUUGGCUUCUCUGUGCCCAAUAAGUUUGGGGCCAGGAAAACCCUGCUGAAACCUCCCGGGCCCCCCAGGACCCUCCUCAGGGGAAAGAGUGCCUCCUUCUCCAGUCCUGUUUGCAGUGUGAACCCGACCUUGAAUUGGAAUUCAUUGGGGACCCCAGCACAAAGCAAAGCUAAACCAAGUGAUGCUUCCUCCCGCUGGCCUGACACUCCUCGGCCCAGGCUGAGCCAGGGGAGCGUCUCCUACCUGAAGGAUACCAGGAUGGCCCAAGUCGGCACGCCAUCUGGCCGAACCAGGGAAUCUGCCUCAGUUUCCCUAAGGCAGCCACAGACCCCAAAAACUGGGAUCCAGAGGCCAGGUUCCAACCGCAGCCUAUCACAGUCUUCUCAGCCAGCGAAGCCCAAAGGGCUCAGGGGGCCCAGCUCCAGCUCCAAGGCGGGACCGCUGCCUGCCAACCCAGCUGGACAUCUUGCCCUCUCUGUAGGCCCCUCACCAGAUAAUGCUGCUCCCAGAGUCCAGGGUUGGAGCCGGCUACCAGCAGGCCCCUCAUCUAGAAGAAUGUCCUUGCUCAGCACCCCUGCCCAGUGCUCCUCAGUGGGAGGUCAGCCCUCGGGCAGCUGUGCCCGCACCCCCCUGAGUGCCCGGCGAAUGUCCGCCCUGCCUACACCAUCCAGGCGCCGAGUGUCAGCCCUUCCGUCAUGGCCAACUCCCAAGCUGGUGGUGGCUGCUCAACCCCCUUCACAGGUGCCGCCCAAGAACACUGAAGGCAGGUCCGAGCAAGCCCAAGAAACAAGCAAGCUCGGGGCUUCUCGCCUGUCUGAUCCCCCAUUGGUGGUGCCUCUGGCCCUCGACUUUGCCUCCCCACAGCAGACAGUGCCCAAGAUGCCUGAGGAGGAGACCAAGGAACAGCCAGUGCCCCCCGAGGCCGUGCUCAUCCACAUUGACCCCGAGCCCUGCGCCACCAUCCCAGCAGCACCAAAGCCACCUCUCUGUAGCCAGCCGCUCAUUGACUUCUCCAACAUCCCUGAGAUAGCUCCGCAGGGCCUCCCACUGAAGCCGGCCAUGGCCAGUGAAGGCCAGCUUCUCAUUGAUCUGUUCCACUCUCCGGAAGUAGCCAAAAGCACCCCACCCAAGCCUCUUCCUCCAGUCUCAGGGCAGCUCAUCGACCUGAGUUCACCCCUAAUCAGCCUCAGUCCUCUGGAGGACAAGGAAAAUCAGCCCUCACCCCUCCUCAGGUUGUAGGGGGCAGCCCAAGCCCUGGGCCAUCAUUGGGGAAGAGCCAGCAGUGAGUGUCCAGCAGGCCUGAACCUGGGGCCUCCCAGAGUCGGACGGAGGCCAGCCCGGCCAAGCUGUCCACAAGCUCGUCUUCCUGCGAAUGUCCAGGGGACAUCUGACCCCCCCCCCCCCCCGGAAACCAAAAAAUGCUUCAUUUCUAGGGACUAGUGAGGACGUUUUUAUAUCUGUUUUUAUCAAGUUUGUUGGAAAGCCCAAUAUAGAUUCAAUUAAACUUUGUGAAAUCCUGGUCCCUCUUCCUUGCAGACAGACCCACCUAACACCCCCACCCCCACCACAAAGGCCUGGAGCACAGGACCAAGCUCAGCUCUA